GAUGAAUACCCCUGCAGCGCACAUGGGCUUUUCUGCCAAACACAGAGACCACCCUUGGUUUCAAUCAGCCCCUCUGACUCCCUGCUCUUCUACCUCCUUCUGCUCCACCAGGGACUGGGGAGGUUUUUCUGCACUUGCCGCGGCAGCUUGCAGUGAGCAGCAACACAAAGACUGAGUGAUCCUCUGCAUCCACGUCACUCUGACAGAAAACACAACUGACAGCCUUUAGAGGAAACAUCUAGACCAAGUGGACAAGUGAUAUUUAGAGAAAGGACAAACAGGAGUGCCCUGUGGACUUCCAACUCAAAAUAGAAAAGGUAAUAUCGUUUGUAAACCACAAACAACAUCAGCAAGAAUGGAAGAGGACAUGGAUGAGGGGCAGACCCAGAAAGGAUGCCUUGAAUGCUGUAUCAAAUGCCUUGGUGGAAUCCCAUACCCUUCCCUUAUAGCCACAAUCCUGCUGUAUGCAGGCGUGGCUCUGUUUUGUGGAUGUGGACACGAGGCUUUGUCCGGCACUGUGAACAUUCUCCAGAAUUACUUUGACGUGAUGCGGAGCCCUGUGGAUGCGCUGGAUGUGUUUACAAUGAUCGAUAUCAUUAAAUACGUGAUCUACGGCAUUGCUUCUGCUUUCUUCGUCUAUGGCAUCCUGCUGAUGGUGGAGGGCUUCUUCACCAGUGGAGCAAUUAAAGACCUGUAUGGAGACUUCAAGAUCACCACUUGUGGACGCUGCGUUAGUGCUUGGUUCAUCAUGCUGACGUACAUCUUCAUGCUGGCUUGGCUUGGAGUGACAGCAUUCACUUCUGUCCCUGUCUUUAUCUACUUUAACAUCUGGAACAUCUGCCAAAAUGCUACCACAAUGGAGGACGCCACACUCUGCCUGGACCCACGCCAGUACGGCAUCGUACCUCUGGCUGAGGAGAAAACAGUGUGUGCUCAGUCUGAGAAAUUCUAUAAAAUGUGUAAAUCGGAUGAGUUGGACAUGACAUUCCACCUGUUCAUAUGUGCCCUGGCUGGAGCUGGAGCUGCUGUCAUUGCUAUGAUUCACUAUCUCAUGGUGCUGUCAGCCAACUGGGCCUAUGUGAAGGAUGCCUGCCGGAUGCAAAAGUAUGAAGACAUCAAGUCCAAGGAGGAGCAGGAGCUCCACGACAUCCACUCCACUCGUUCUAAGGAGCGUCUCAACGCCUACACAUAAAGAGCAGUGUGAGGCCUGGGCUCUGCAGCUCCAGCCCAACUCCCUCUCCCUCUCUCUGUCUCUCUGUCUCUCUCUCUCUCCCUCUCCCUCUCUCUCUCCCUCUCUCUACUAUCAUGGUGCCCGGGAGCCCUCAUUGUCACAGAAGUUACUGGUGCGUCAUAUGACAACAAUGUGGUCUGGGAAGGAGACGUCAACUUAAUCCUCCCCAGUCACAAACAGCAUUUCAAAUCACUACAGCCCCUUUACCUCUCACAGUCAUUGUUACAGUUGAAAUGUUAUUAAUAUUAUUACUAAACAAGACUUGUUAAGCACUGCAUAGUAGUUUUUGUGUAGUUUGUAGAAUCAGACAGCAGUAGAAGUAUUUUUUCUCCUUUUCUAUUUUUAUUUUCUGCAUAUGUUUUGACUUUCUUUGCAUUUUUUUUCCAAUGCUAGUGUCAAUUUUCUUUUGUGCAUUAUUUAUUUUUAAAACAUUUCCAAGGGGUCAAUAGGGGCUUUAAUAAGGUUUUCAAGCACAUUCCUCAUGUCUGGUGUGUGUGUGUGUUUGUGUGUGUGUAUGUGUGUGAGGUAAUGUGGAGAUUUCUUCCUUAAGAACUAUGUACAGUACAUAAAAAAAAUUAAAAUCUCACAAAACAAACGAACAACUACAAGCGUAUUGAAUUUACAUAUAAUCAUAAAAACAUAUUUUGAUUGGAAACUUAAUAUUGUUUUUCAAAAAUGUAUUUAUUUUUUUGUAAAUUGUGAAAUAAUGUUUGCCAAAAUAUUUUGGUUCUAUUUUCUUUUCCGAAUGAACCAGAACUUUCUUUUGUUAAAUUUGAUGAAGGCUCUGUUUUUGUGUAAUUGAGUGUGACUGGAGACUGAUGGAAUAAAAUGAAAAAUAAAAUGAAAUACCAUUAAGGGGGAAAAGAAUAGUGCUUAAUAUCACACUAUUUCUGUUUACUCUGGUAAAUAAAAUACACUACUGUAGUGUAAAUAACGUAUUUGUUAUAACAGCUACUCCAGGGAUAAAAAUCUGUUUCAAUUUUUUUCAUUUCAAUUUUUUCAUUUCACCCCAGACAGUAGCAAAUCGAUACAAACACCAAAUCAUUUUAGGAUAUUAAAUAAUUGCUUGAUGUGCCAAGCCUGUUAAACAGGGAAACAAUGGCUUUAUCAAAGAUCAAAUAUGGGAUUUUUCAGUUUAACUUAUUUCUUAUAUCCGUUUUAUGAUAUCCUUACCAUUUAAUGUGUUAGGGCUGGCAAUAAUUACUUUGUCUUUCAUAUCAUAAGACAGACAAAAAAGCACAUGGGAACACAACCACUUUUUAAAUUUCUUAAAAUAUAAACUUUAUAAAUACUAACACUACUGUCCUGUCAGAACUCUUUACUGUAAAUACUGAUAUAUCAUUAUGUAACUGCAGUAUAGGUUAGGCACUGGCAUUCACGGACAGGUUAGAGGAAGAGAAGAAAAGAAGAAGUGAGUGAGUGGUACUGUGCAAAAAGCCAAACAGACUUUAGAUGUGUUACUCUAGAGGCGUUGUGUUGAUCAUUCUUCAAGAGAAAGAAAAAAAAAGUGGAAAAACUUCUUCUUCUCCCCAGUCAUCCUCUUGCAAGUGUUUAUUAAUUUUAUAAAAAGUUUGUCUUACAGUGAUUUUGAUUUUGACGGUAUUUCUUGCCUGUACAUCUUGUUCCCAUUUUACUAAUUGAGGAAAAACAGACGUGUUGGUCGUUUGGUCUGGCAAAGUUGAAUUCCAGAAGCUAAAAGCUUCCAUGCACUUAUUUGACAAUUUCUGUGCUUGCUCUAUCACUCUCUCUCUCUCUCUCUCUCUCACUGUAAAUGUUUUGGACAUUGGUGUUCAACUAAAAGUUGGAUUACUGUAAUGUUAGUAAAGACUGUGAACUUAGAUGUUUUUUCGUGGCAUGGACAUGCAUUAAUAGUCUUAUUGACUUAUGAUAAUAUGACUUUAAUUUCUGUUUUUUCUUUUGUUAGACAUUUACGACUGUCUUGCUGGAUCAACCUUUGUUCAUAUGUGCAGCACUGAAUCUUUCCAAGCUUUUUGCUCCUAAUAAUAGAGACUGUAGUCUUUGGGUUAUGUCUAUUUAGUAUGUAAUGAGCUCUCAACCAUGUUGUGAUACUAACACCGACAUUACUGACCUUAUGACAUGAUUUAAGAAAAACGCGCUAAGCUUCUUCCUCGUUCUAGUCUUUUGUACUUUCACUACCGAGUUGCUUAGUAGCAGACUCCAAAUGAAAUGUUUUUGUACAGUCAUGUGCCAACAGCUCACAGUGGCUUUUUUGACCUGUAUGAAUUAAAUCUGCUUGCAUAAAUAAACUCACCUGUGUACUUGUUGAUGAAUUG